ACAGGGCACAGGUGGUUCUUGUGGUAGUAGACAGGCUGCAGGUUCCGGAAGCGGAGAGGUGGCUGUGCCUUCCUGGAGGUCUGGAGCCGCGAGGAGUCAGCUGAGACCCAGGCAGGAAAACUUCAGUGGACUUUCUCUGUAGCCUCAGGGGUGGGGGUCGGGGUUAGUUCUGGGAACUGUGGAGCUCAUAAUUGUGGACCAGGAGGUAUUCAGUCUCCUCUGCUAGGCGAAUUCUGCUUGGCAGGCAGAUGUAAGUGAAGGAGAAGCCACUGCCCUGCCCUGUCUGUGGACCGUCUCUCUGAAGAGUUACCAUUGGAAGCAGAAGCCUAAACAUGAAUCAUAAAGAAUUAAUCUUGAUACUCUGUGUUCUUAUUGUUAAAAGUGCCUCAAAAAGUUGCAUUCACCGAUCACAAAUUCAUGUGAUAGAGGGAGAGCCUUUUUAUCUGAAGCCCUGUGAAGUAUCUGUACCCGUGCACAAGAAUGAAACAGCCACCAUGAGAUGGUUCAGAGGCAAUGCUUCACAUCAGUAUAGAGAGCUGAACACCAGAAGCUCGCCCAGAAUCACUUUUCAUGGUCACGUUUUGGAAUUCUGGCCAGUUGAACUGGAUGACGAGGGAAUGUACUUUUCUCAAGUGGGCAAUGAUCGUCAAAAUUGGACUUUAAAUGUCACCAAAAGAAACAAGCACAGCUGCUUCUCCGAAAAACUUGUGACGAGCAGAGAUGUUGAAGUUAAGAAGGUUCUGCGUAUAACAUGUGAAAAUUCUGACUAUGAAGAGCUGAUCAACCACACGUCGCUGUAUAAGAACUGUAAGGAAAUAUCCAAAACUUCCAUGAUCCAGAAGAAUGCUGAGUUUGGAGAUGAGGGUUAUUACUCCUGCGUGUUUUCUGUCCACCAUAACGGGAAACAGUACAACAUCACCAAGACUUUCAAUAUAACAGUUAUUGAAGGGAACAGUAAAAUAACUCCAGCUAUUUUUGGACCAAAGUCUGAGAAGGUGGCUGUAGAACUGGGAAAAGAUGUGGAGCUGAACUGCAGUGCUUUACUGAAUAAAAAUGAUUUGUUUUAUUGGAGCAUCAGGAAAGAGGACAGCUCAGACCCUAAUGUGAAAGAAGACAGGAAUGCGACAACAUGGACUUCUGAAGGCAAACUGUAUGCUUCAAAAAUACUGAGAAUUCAGAACAUAACUGAAAAAUAUCUUAAUGUUUUAUAUAAUUGCACCGUGGCCAAUGAAGAAGCCACGGACUCCAAAAGCUUCAUCUUGGUGAGAAAAGAAACACUGGAUAUCCCAGGCCAUGUCUUUACGAGAGGAAUAACUAUGGUUGCUCUCACCUCUGUGGCAGCAGUGUGCAUGGCGAUUUUGUGCAUCAUUUAUAAAGUCGACUUGGUUCUGUUCUAUAGACGUGUAGCAGAAAGAGACGAGACACUAACAGGUAAUAUGCUGCCGUGACGGGGACACCCUGGCUCGUGAUUUUGUGCCUGCACCCAGUAAAGGAAACACUGGUCUUUGUUUUAUUUGGAUGACACCUUUAACAAUUUGGAACGCUGGUUCCCAGCUGGGAGUCGGGGAUUACACUGUGUGGGUUACACUGAGAUGGGCAAUGUGUAAACCUGUACUUGUUUGUGACUUUUCAGGUGUGGUUCUUCUGAUGUUUCAUAUCGCUGAACUGUCUCCUCACAUGUCCUGUGCUGUCAGGCCAUGUGUGUUUACACACAUACACCACUACACACUCUAGGCACCAUUUUAUACCCAAGAAAGUUUGUUUUCAUUGAA